UCUUCUAGGAUCCUUCUGUUACACAAGUGACAAGAAACGUUCCUCCAGGGCUAGAUGAGUACAAUCCUUUCUCUGAUUCAAGAACACCUCCUCCAGGAAAUGUGAAAAUGCCUAAUGUACCCAGUACACAGCCAGCAAUAAUGAAACCAACGGAAGAACCACCUGCUUACACACAAAUUGCAAAGGAGCAUGCCUUGGCCCAGGCAGAACUGCUGAAGCGUCAAGAAGAACUGGAAAGAAAAGCAGCUGAACUAGAUCGCAGAGAAAGGGAAAUGCAGAGUCUCAAUCAGCAGGGGGGUAGAAAAAAUAACUGGCCACCCCUUCCUGAGAAUUUUCCAGUAGGUCCUUGUUUCUACCAGGACUUUUCUGUAGACAUUCCUGUGGAAUUCCAGAAGACAGUAAAGAUUAUGUACUAUUUGUGGAUGUUCCAUACAGUGACACUGUUUCUUAAUAUCUUUGGAUGUUUGGCCUGGUUUUACGUUGAUGCUACACGAGGGGUUGAUUUUGGAUUGAGUAUUCUCUGGUUCUUGCUUUUUACCCCUUGUUCUUUUGUCUGCUGGUACAGACCACUUUAUGGAGCUUUCAGGAGUGACAGUUCAUUCAGGUUCUUUGUGUUCUUCUUUGUAUAUAUCUGUCAGUUUGCUAUACAUGUGCUUCAGGCUGCAGGAUUUCAAAGAUGGGGAAACUGUGGGUGGAUUUCAUCUCUUACUGGUCUUAAUAAGAGUAUUCCUGUUGGCAUUAUGAUGAUCAUCAUAGCUGCACUUUUCACAGCAUCUGCUGUUAUCUCAUUAGUUAUGUUUAAAAAGGUGCAUGGUCUCUACCGCACAACUGGUGCUAGUUUUGAGAAAGCGCAGCAGGAGUUUGCAACAGGAGUGAUGUCCAACAAAACCGUACAAACUGCUGCAGCCAGCGCCGCAUCAACAGCAGCAACCAGCGCAGCUCAAAAUGCGUUCAAGGGUAACCGAAUGUAGAGAAACAUUAAAAAGUCAUCACAGUUCUCUUCGAUUGUACUUUACUUUCCAGUCACUUAUUCUAUUCCCUAAAAGCCUAGAUCAAAAUUCACACAGCAUGUUUGUCUCUUCUGCAGCUGUGCAUGGGUAAAAUGGGAAACGUUUGGUUUAUUUUAUUAUAAAUUUAUUUAUUUUAAAAAGAUAACCAUUCUUUGCCUUUCUUUAAGAUGUUGCAUUCUAGAAUAUAAAGCCUUCCAUAUUUCAUGGAGGAUAAAUAAUUUCAACAAUUGGCCUGAGAAUGAAUUGUGGUAUAUAGUGAUCAAAUCAAUGCAUUAAGAAUU